AUACAUGCGCAGUGGAACCAGGAACUCCGUCUCGCGUCAACAUCCGAUACAGUGGUUAUCAACUACAAAGUAGCGUAACUGUUACACAAAAGCCUGAAUCUGAAUGUAUGAUUAGGUAAUAAGAUAAGCAGUCAAACCAUACGAUCGACAAAAAAUGCUUUUUUCGACGAGGCCAAGAGUUGUGGCCUGCUUGUUUCUUGUUUUCGCCGUCGGCUGUUUCCUUGUACCCCCAGGAAAUUGUACUACGACAGCAUCUCCACCACGUAAAUCUUGUAAGGACUUGGGAUCAUCCUGUGAAGAAUGCCUUGGAAAUGUAUCGUGCUUGUGGUGUCAGACCAAUGGCACCUGUACGGACUACCCAGUCAAACACGUUCUCCCCCCUUCCUCCGUCUGCCCGCUGUCUCAGGCUCGAUGGGGGGUGUGCUGGGUGAAUUUUGAAGCGCUCAUCAUAGCCAUGGCGGUGGUGGGGGGGACCCUUCUGCUGAGCAUCACCGUAUGCUGCUGCUGCUGCUGCUGCCGAAAGCGCCCCGCAGGGCCAGACAGAGACGAAGAAAGGUUCACUAGAAGACAAGAGGAGAGAAGACAGCGGUAUGAGGACCGGAAGGCAGAGAGACGGGCAAGACACGAUGAAAUCCGUAAGAAGUAUGGUCUUAUUCCUGAUUCUGACCACCCGUACAGCAAGUUUGAAAAUGAAUAAAAACAGAAGUAUUGGAAACUUAUUGCUCUGAGCAAAGUGGAAGUAACAGAAUAUUUUCCUAGUUUGCCUUCUCAUUCACACACACACACAC